UCAACAAUGGCUUCCAAUAACCUAUCGGUACUUGAGGCACUGGACACAGCCAAAACCCAGUGGUACCAUGCCAAAGCCAUCGUCAUCGCCGGCAUGGGUUUCUUCACCGAUGCAUACGAUCUCUUUUGUAUCUCCACCGUGUCGAAGCUCUUGGGCCGUCUUUACUACUCCGACCACAGCGACGGAAAAGAACCCGGAAAACUCCCCACCAGCAUCAACAACGCCGUGAUCGGCGUAGCCCUUGUGGGAACUCUAUCAGGACAACUGGUAUUUGGUUGGCUUGGUGACAAGCUUGGCCGUAAGAAGGUGUACGGAAUAACUUUGGUUCUCAUGGUGAUUUGUGCCGUCUGCUCAGGUCUGUCUUUCGGGUACAGCCCAAAAGCCGUGAUUACCACCCUUUGUUUCUUCCGAUUUUGGCUAGGAUUUGGGAUCGGUGGGGACUAUCCUCUAUCCGCCACUAUUAUGUCGGAAUAUGCCAAUAAGGCAACCCGAGGGGCGUUUAUUGCCGCUGUUUUUGCCAUGCAAGGAAUGGGGAUUAUUUUUGCCGGUCUAGUUUCCAUGAUCGUCUCUCAUCUUUUCCUAAAAGCCAAUCAGGCACCGGCGUUCGAAACGAACCAUGUGCUUUCCACACAAAAAAACGCCGAUUAUGCAUGGAGAAUCGUCCUCAUGCUCGGAGCUCUGCCGGCUCUCUUGACAUAUUACUGGCGAAUGAAGAUGCCGGAAACUGGGAGGUACACCGCUGUCAUUGAAGGAAACGCAAAGCAAGCGGCAGCGGAUAUGGGUCGGGUCUUGGAUAUUGAGAUCCAAGCAGAACAAGAUAAACUCGCUAAGUUUAAGUCAAGCAACGACUACCCUUUGUGGUCUGGGAAGUUCGUUCAACGCCAUGGGCGUCACUUGAUCGGAACAAUGAGUACUUGGUUCUUGUUGGACAUUGCAUUUUACAGUCAAAACUUGACCCAGAAGGAUAUCUUUCCGGUGAUGGGCUUGACCAAGAAAGCACAUCAAGUGAACGCUUUGGAAGAAAUGUUCGAGACAUCACGUGCCAUGUUCGUGAUCGCCAUGUUCGGGACGUUUCCGGGAUACUGGUUCACAGUUGCGUUCAUCGAGAAACUGGGCCGGUUUCGCAUCCAGCUAAUGGGGUUCUUCAUGAUGUCGAUUUUCAUGUUCAUCAUCGGAAUCAAGUAUGACGACCUCGCUACACGAGAAAACCGAUGGCUAUUCGCCAUUCUCUAUGGGCUGACGUUCUUCUUCGCAAAUUUUGGGCCUAACAGCACGACCUUUGUUUUACCGGCGGAGCUGUUUCCGACGAGGGUGAGGUCCACUUGCCAUGCAAUGAGUGCUGCGGCCGGGAAGGCUGGGGCGAUGGUGGGUGCGUUUGGGAUUCAGACAUACACGUUGAAAGGUGAAAGGAGUAAGAUCAAGAGAGCCAUGAUGAUAUUGGCGGUGACGAAUAUGUUGGGGUUUUUCUGUACGUUUUUGGUGACGGAGACAAAAGGGCGGUCAUUGGAGGAGAUCUCCGGUGAAGAUGGAAGCAAGGACAAGGCUGAGACACAGAUGAGCAAUAGAGGGCACGAUGAGGAGCAAGAGAAUUGA